CCGGCAGCCGCGGCUAGCUCGGCCCGGGAGCACGGGAUACGAGUCCCUGUUUCGCGCCACAGCGAAGUGAACCUACCCGGACCACCCCCACGAUGCCGGCCUUCCGACAGGUGGGAGAGAAGCAGCUGCCCCAGGAGAUCAUUUUCAUGGCCUGGUCUCCCAAGAGGGACCUCAUUGCCUUAGCCAACAAAGUGGGGGAGGUUUUACUUCAUCGACUAGCAAACUUUCAGCGGGUUUGGAGUUUGCCACCAAAUGAAAAUACUGGAAAAGAAGUGACAUCUUUGGCUUGGAGACCAGAUGGAAAAAUUUUGGCCUUUGGUCUUGCUGACACCAAGAAAGUUAUUUUAUGUGAUGUUGAAAAGCCUGAAAGCUUGCACUCUUUUUCUGUGGAUACGCCUAUUACUUACAUGCAUUGGAUGGAAGUAACUGCAGAAAGCAGUGUUUUAACAUCCUUUUAUAAUGCUGAGGAUGAGUCAAAUCUCCUCCUGCCUAAACUACCUGCCUUGCCAAAAAACUAUAGCACUACUGCAAAAAUUUUUAGUGAAGAAAAAUCAGAUGAAAUUAUGAAGCUCUUGGGUGAUGUCAGGCUUAAUGCUCUUGUCCUUGGAGGAAACUCUGGGUUCAUUGAGAUCUAUGCUUAUGGAAUGUACAAAAUUGCUACUGUUACAGGGGUUUCUGGUUCAUGUCUUGGCUUAUGCUUAUCAAGUGACUUGAAAUCAUUAUCAGUUAUAACAGAGAUAGGAGAUUCUACCAGUAUUAUAUCAGAAAUUUCAUAUUUUCAGCUUGAUACUAGCCUAUUGUCUACUUACUUACCUGAAGUUACUCGGAUGGCCAGAAAGUUUACUCAUAUUUCAACUCUUUUGCAGUAUAUAAGGUUAUCAUUGACAUGCAUGUGUGAAGCCUGGGAAGAAAUAUUGAUGCAGAUGGAUUCUCGUCUUACCAAAUUUGUACAGGAAAAGAACACAACAACUUCAGUGCAGGAUGAAUUCAUGCAGCUGCUAUUAUGGGGGAAAGCAAGCCUUGAACUUCAAUCCCUCUUAAUGAACCAGUUAACAGUAAAGGGCUUAAAAAAGCUUGGCCAGUCUAUAGAGUCUUCAUACUCCAGUAUACAAAAAUUGGUCAUAAGUCACUUGCAGAGUGGCUCUGAGGCUUUAUUGUACCAUUUGAGUGAAUUGAAAGGAAUGGCUUCUUGGAAACAAAAAUAUGAACCUCUUGGUCUGGAUGCCGCUGGAAUUGAAGAUGCUAUUACUUCUGUGGGUUCUUUCAUAUUGAAGGCAAAUGAACUUCUUCAAGUUAUAGAUAGCAGUAUGAAAAACUUCAAAGCAUUUUUCCGGUGGCUGUAUGUAGCAAUGUUGAGAAUGUCAGAAGACCAUGUGCUUCCAGAACUGAACAAGAUGACUCAAAAAGAUAUCACAUUUGUUGCUGAUUUUCUUACUGAGCAUUUCAAUGAGGCUCCAGAGCUUUAUAAUCGAAAAGGAAAGUACUUCAAUGUAGAAAGAGUUGGCCAGUAUUUGAAAGAUGAAGAUGAUGAUCUUGUGUCACCACCUAAUAUCGAGGGAAACCAAUGGUAUGAUUUUCUUCAGAGUAGCACUCACCUUAAAGAAAGUCCUUUGCUGUUUCCCUAUUAUCCUGAAAAAUCAUUGCAUUUCGUGAAAAGACAGAUGGAAAGCAUUAUCGAUCAUUGUUUACAAAAACCAGCAGAUGUUAUUGGAAAAUCAGUGAAUCAGGCUGUCUGUAUUCCCUUAUACAAAGCUGCUAAAAGUGAGGACUCUACAUCUAGAUUGUUCAAAUUGCCCUUCCUCUGGAAUGACAAAUCUUCAAAUCUCCAUUACGUACUCUUUACUAUGUCAGGUAGUUCAGCUUCUAAAAUUUACAUUUUGAGGAGACAUACCGACAUAUCAAGGUCUGUCAAUAAUGGACUACUUGCUGUUGAAUUUGGAAAUUUCUUGAAUACAACAAAUGAAAGCUUCGAAAAUAGCUCCUACAGCUGUCUUGAUGCACAUUUUUAUGAUGAUGAAACAAUAACAGUGGUUCUUAAGGAGAAUGAAGAACAAGAAGGCAAAGAAAGAGUUUUGGCUCAGUUACCAUUGUCUUUAGUAUAUACUAAAGAAGAUACUCCAGAGAAGGAAUUCAGUGGCACAACUUGUAAAAGGCUAGAUGAACAGAGUGAUAUUGUACCUACACAUACUGUCUUCCUGGAGAGUCAAUGGAGAAUACUGGAGAACAUGAAAGCACAAUAUGUUGCUGUGAAUGGUUUUCGGAAAGUCUCUUGUGUAUUAAGCUCAAAUCUCCGUCACGUUAGAGUAUUUGAAAUGGAUGUAGAAGAUGAUGGGGAGGCAGAAGAGGAGGAUGAAGAAGAGGAGGAGGAAUCUUCGUCCCAUCUUGUUCCUGAAAUAUAACCAUUGGAAGGACAUUUCCCUUUGCUGGUGUUUCUUUUAAAACUGCCUGAAGAACUGUAGUUUUUAAAGCAAACAUAAAUUGAAUUUGAGGAAGAGAAUUCAGUCUUUUCUGCUUCUCAAAAAGUAAGUGGCAGGACUUAUUCUUGUUAGCACAAAGAGUUUACAUUUAAACAGUUGUCAUUUGUUAUUGAAGGAGGCUAUUCAGCUUCUUUAGUAUUAAACAAAUUUUAAUCAGCAAUAUGUAAUACUCUUUUUAUUCCAUUUCUUCUUUGUAAGACCCCUGAAUGCUUUGUAUUUGUUAUUUUUAUAUUUUCAUUCUCAGUUUAAAACUCUGAAUGCCUGCAGUGCUAAUUUUGUAAACUGUGAAAAGAUUGAUGUUGUCCUUAUCAAUUAAAUAGCAAAAAUACUAUUUGUCCCUAAAUUAUUAACUUUCCUCAUUCUGUUAUUGUACUUGAGCUUUUGAUUCUUUCAAUCAACAAUAUUGACAGCUAGAGCUAUUGGGUAUUAAGGACAUGUAGCAGACAUCUGCACAAUUUUACUCCUUGGGAACAUUAGGAGUAAUAGGUUCAACUAAAUAUAAUUUAGCGUUCGUGUUAAUGAACUCCUGUGCACUGUUGAUUUCUUAAUGUUCUUUCCCAAUUAAUGGGUAUUAUUCCUGUGCAACUGUCAAAUAGCUUUCACCUUUUACCUCAGUCCUCGCUGUAGCGUGUUGGUCCAUACAUAAAUCAGUUUAUAAAGACUUAGGAUUUCUUCAGGCUGGAAAAUGCAACCAAACGAAUGGUCAUGUGUAAGACUAUUAUGUGGUUUGUCUGUUGUUUAAUAUAUUGUUUCUUUCCUUACACACUACGAAUAAAUUGGUCAGAAUGUG